ACGGCAAUGAGAGAAUCCUGCAGGUUCACGGCGAAUUUACGCAGGAGAACGUAGAAAACGCGCUGAAGGCAGUCGGAGAGAGGAGGGACCUCGCAGAGGCCAUUCUUGAGACCUACGCGAGAGCCGUCGCCACCGGUGCUGCGGAAACUGAGAUCACAUUCCAUCUCAAGCACAGACAGGUCCAGCGCCAGGUCAUCCAACCAGUUCCGUCUGUCGAAGCCACGGUUAAGGUUAACAGGGAGACAAAAUUGGUGAUCAUCACCAGAAACGGGCAAGAACAGCGGUUCACCGUCCAAGGGGAGCUGACCGCUGAGAACAUGAGAAACGCUCUGCUAGAGGCUGGCGAGAGGCCGGAGGUGGCUUCGGCUGUUUCCCAAACCUUCGCUAAAAUCGUUGCCAGCCAGACCAGGGCGACUGAAAUCGUGUUUAACGUCAAGCCGCGCGUCCAGCAGCCAGCAACCUUAAAGCCAUUGCGUUUAGAGCUCGCUCCGUCCCCGGCAGAAGCAACAGUCUCAGAGCUAACAGCAGUCAUCACAAUCAAUCGACAAACCAAAAUGAUGACGCUUGUCAAAAACGGGACCGAGAAAACCUUCCCGAUACAGGGAGAACUCUCAUCUGAAAUAAUCAGAACCAUACUAAUAGCUGCAGGUGAGAGGGAAGAAGUAGCUUCUACUAUAGCCCAGACCUACGACAAGGCGGUCGCAAAAGACCCCAACGCGAAGAAGGUCAAGUUUAACUUGAAGCUGAAGGUGCGGGCAUCCGAGAGGAGAGAGCCGCUCCGCCUCCGCUUGCAAGCCUCACCACUAGAGGCAAAACUGCAGCAGGAGACCACCAUCAAAGUCAACAGGCGAGUUAACACUCUUAUAGUCCUGCGAGGUGGUCAGGAACACUGGGUGAAGAUUGGCGCCGUCGUGAACGCAGAAAACAUCAUCAAAAGUCUUCUUGCUUUCGGGGAGAGACCAGAGAUCGCAGAAGCUGUCGCACAGACGUUCAACAAGGCAGUUGCUAGAGAUCCGAACACUUCUGAAGUUACCUUUCAUCUGAAACCGAAACCAGCAAGAGUAGUGAGUAGUAUAACACUAGAAGAAGCACAGAAACUUGAGAGAGAAGAAGUUGACGAAAACGUUCAGCUUCUCACUAUACGAGUCAACAGGCAAACAAAAAUGAUCACAAUAGUGCGGCCAGGGCAGAUGCCAAAGAGCUUUAAGAUAUUCAUUGUGGAGCCUGAAACUGUAGGCGCUCGGCUAUCAUCUGAGGGAGAACCAGAUGAGAUCUGUUCGGCCGUUUCCGACGCGAUAGCUCAGGUCUUAGACGCUGAUCCUGAUAUGAAGACUUCUCCUGAAAUCACGAUCCAUUUAAAAUCCACCGCCGAACCGAAGAAGAAAGAGAAGAGGGUGCGAUUUCACCCGGUCGUGCUGGAGGAAGCGUCCAUCUCGAGAGAGACGCGCAUUUCUGUCCACAAAGCCAACAGGACGGUCACCAUGCACGUGGAGAAACUUCCACCCGUCGCACGGCAAAUGGAAGUCCCGCUGUCCGCAGAAACCGUGAAGGGAAUCUUGCAGGAAUUCAAAGUGGAGGACGGCCUUGCUUCUGUCAUCACACACUGUGUGGAACAGACCCUGUUGGUAGACGGGGGUCUUCCUGAGGUCAGUGUCCUCCUACAACCUUUCGGAGCUCGGAACGUCCAGUUAGUGGUAACGUAUGAGGGUGACAUUCCUGCUGGUUCCGAGUUCCUGCAGAGGUUCUAUCACGAAGAGGAGGUGCCAAAGAUCAAGAAAAGACGCGUGCACUUCAAACCGGUCAUGAUAGAACACACUACUAUAUUCCGCGAGACAAAAAUACGAAUCAGCAAAGUGGAGAAAACGGUCACAUUUUACGUGGACGAACUACCCACCAAAGAAAAGCGGCUUGAAAUCCCGCUGUCGUCUGAAGUCGUCUUCGCGAUACUGAAAGAGUUUGAGAUCGACGACAUGGUGUCAGCCUUGAUCACACAAGUUGCUGAACAGGUGCUCUUCAUCGAAGACGGGUUACCCGAGGUCAGCGUGCUGCUCCAGCCGGUGUCUCCAGGUGGCGCUCGUAUGACGGUGACGUUUGAAGGCGCCUUGCGCGAGGGAGCGCAGUUUCUCCAGUCCAUGUUCGCCACGCGUGAACCUACAGCAGUGGAACAGGAGACUCAGCGCCGCGUUGAACCCGAAGUCGAGAUGAUCCCGCCCUACUUUACGGUCAAACCGAAGCCUUUGACGGUUGACGAAGGCCAAAAUGCAGAGUUUUUGUGCGAAGUUGUGGCGUCGCCCGCUCCAAAGAUAACGUGGUAUCACGGUAACCGGCCAGUGAAACCGGGCGGACGCCUCACAGUAACAACCACGAACGAAGGGAACCUGUAUGUGAUCACUCUGUGCAUACAGCAGUCUGCAGCGAAGGAUUCUGGAAAGUACGUUCUCGAAGUUAGAAACCAAGCAGGGGAAGCCAAGGCCAUGAUUUCCCUUCAAGUUCAAAAGCCAGUAGUUGAGGAAAAAGUAGACUAUAAGGUCCCGUUAAAAGCAGUAAAAGAGAAACCAAAGCAGGAAGAACCAGUAGCCAAAGCCAAACAGCUACCUGCAGCCUUUAUCAAAGUGCCCAAGAAUUGUACAGUAGUAGAAGGAGAGAAUGGCAUGUUUGACUGUAAAGUCACCGGGGAGCCUCGGCCCUCGCUAAAAUGGUGCAAAGAUGACCAAGAAGUACAGGGUGACCGUUACGUUGUUGACUAUAACCCGUCUGGCGUUUGCGUUUUGUACGUUCGCGAUGCGACGGCUUCUGACGCGGGCUGGUACUCGGUAACCGUGUCUAACGAGCUUGGCGAGCAGACCAUGCGAGCCAAACUAACCGUUGAACUUAAGCCUGUCGAGGAAGAGCCAACUCCUGAGAUUCCUCCUGAGGUUGAACAGGAGGUCGUGCGGAAGAUAAAGUUCCAGCCAAUAAUGCUGGAGCGCUACAUAAUCAAACGUAAGAUCAUUAUCUACAUCAGCAAAGUAAACAAGAAGGUGUCUGUUCAUUUUGAAGGGUUGCCGGUGAAAGAAAAACAUCUUAAGAUGUUAGAACUGACACAGAAGACUUUGAUGUCGAUUCUUAAAGAAUUCAAACUUGAGGCAUACCUAUUCAUUGUCGUGAUGCAGCUUGCAGAACAACUACUAUUCAUUGAAAACGGGCUUCCAGAAAUAACGAUUAUCCUGAAGCCCUUCCGGACACAGACACAGCUACUGAUGACUUUCGAGGGUGCAAUCUCUGAAGUAACCCACAAGUCAAUCUUAAACAUACAGCUGCGUCUUCCGCUAAAGGAAGAAGUAGCUGAAGAAGUCGUUGAAGAGACAAAACAGGCACCUGAAGAAGUCUCGAAGGAGGCAGUAGUAGAGGAGCCAGAACCAGUCGAACCACCCGAGCUUGUUGAACAAGAAUCAGCUGUAGUUCAGCCUAUAGAAUUAGCUGGCGUGACCAGUGAAACUCUAGAGUCACUACCCGAGGAACCUGUGGAUCUGGACGAGGUGUCCUCAGAAGGACCUGAGCCUGAGGAUGUCUCUCCCUUCUUUAUCGAGAAACCGAAAGCGAUGACUGUAGAGGAGGGGCAAGACGUAGAGUUUGUCUGUAAGGUUAUGGCUUCUCCCACACCACAGAUUACCUGGUACCAGGGAAACCGGGUUCUCAAAUCUGGCGGCAGACUGAAAAUCACAACAGAAACAAGCGGACAGUUGUAUACCACGUCUCUUAUCAUUAAGAAGGUAGCGCCCAAAGAUUCGGGUAAUUUAUUGGUGGUAAUAUCAAAUGACUACGGAGAGGCUAGAGCGAUGAUUUCUCUUCAGUUGGUAACAGUGAAAAGAGAAGAAACGGUGGACUUUAGGAAGCAACUCAAGGCUGUCAAACAGGAGAAGGUAGUGAAACAGGAAAAGGUAGUCAAAGAGGAAAAGGUAGAAGAGGUAGUCGAACAGGAACCUUUAGUAGAAGUCAAACAGGAACUGAUACAAGAAGUCAAAGAAGAAAAGGUAGAGGUAAAACCAGACGAAAAGGGAGAGCCUGCUUCAUUCGUUAAAGUCCCUAAAAACUGCAACGUACCUGAGGAGGAAACCGCCAUGUUCGACUGCAAAAUCGUCGGCGACCCUCGGCCUUCCGUAAAAUGGUCAAAAGAUGACCAAGAUUUAGAAGAAGACCGUUACACCGUGGACUACAACCCGUCCGGAGUUUGUGUGUUGUACAUCCGUGACACCGUCCCUUCUGACGCGGGCUGGUACACAUGCACGGUCAGCAACAUCCAUGGGGAACAGUCCAUGCGGGCUAAACUCACGCUUGAUUUGAAACCUGUAGAAGUGGAGCCUAAGACUGGCAAACUUCGCGAGCCUUUUACCGCGAAGGAUACUGUACAAGUUGUACUCGAAGGCCUGUCUGAGGCUGCCAUGUUUGAACAAAUCCCAGAAGACUUGGCUGUAGAAGAACCAAAGCCAUUUGAAUCUGCAGAACAAGUUAAACAAAGCUCAGCCUUGGUUCAACCAUUAGAAAUUGCCGACGUGGUCUCUGAAACGAUAGAGGCUCUCCCAGAGGAACCAGCAGACUUAGACGAAGUUCUCUCACAAGGGCCUGAGCCUGAAGACGUUGCUCCGUUCUUCUUUGAGAAACCAAAAGCGAUGUCUGUAGAGGAGGGACAAGAUGUAGAGUUUGUCUGCAAGGUGAUGGCAUCUCCCACCCCACAGAUUACCUGGUACCAAGGAAACCGCGUUCUCAAAUCUGGUGGACGACUGAAAGUUACCACAGAAACUAGUGGGCAGUUGUACAUCACAUCACUUAUCAUUAAGAAGGUAGCACCUAAAGAUUCAGGAAAUAUGCUGCUGGUAGUAUCAAAUGACUAUGGAGAAGCCAGGGCAAUGAUGACUCUUCAGCUCGUAACCGUGAAAAAAGAUGAAACAGUUGACUUCAGGAAACAACUGAAGACAGUCAAACCGGAAAGUAGAAGGCAAAGUAUCCAGAAAGAAAAAGAAAAUGAAGAAGUCACAGAAGAGACAAUAGAAGUCAUGCCUGGCGAGAAGGCCGAGCCUGCUGCGUUCGUGAAGGUUCCUAAGAACUACGAAACUCCAGAAGGAGAAAGAGCUGAGUUUGACUGCAAAGUUGUCGGUGAGCCACGUCCUUUUGUGAGGUGGUUCAAAGACGACGUAGAGCUGGAGGAAGACCGUUACACCGUGGACUACAACCAGUCCGGAGUCUGUGUGUUGUACAUCAAUGACACCGUUCCUUCUGACGCAGGCUGGUACACAUGUACGGUCAGCAACCCUCACGGAGAACAGUCCAUGCGGGCUAAACUUAGCCUUAUACUGAAACCUGUAGAAGUACAUCCCCAAGCCGCUCAACUUCAGCUGUAUGUUCCUGCGAAGGACACGAUCACAGAAGUAGUCGAAGGCUUGUCAGAGGCAGAGAUACUAGAAGAAAUACCCGAAGAGUUGGUUGUCGAAGAACCAGAAGAAUUUGAAUCUGCCGAACGAGUAAAAGUGAAAACAGCUUCUGUGAAACCAGCGGAAUGGGCCGAUGUGUCCAUCGUGGUCAUGGACUCACUUCCAGAAGAACAUGUAGAUCUAGACGAAGUUCUCUCACAAGGCCCUGAGCCUGAAGACGUUGCCCCCUUCUUCUUUGAGAAACCCAAGGCAAUGUCAGUGGAAGAAGGGCAAGACGUAGAGUUUACUUGCAAGGUGAUGGCAUCUCCCACACCACAGAUUACGUGGUACCAAGGCAACCGAGUUUUGAAGUCUGGAGGUCGUCUUAAGAUUACAACAGAAACUAGUGGUCAGCUGUACAUCACAACACUUAUAAUUAAAAAGGUAGCGCCCAAAGAUUCAGGAAAUAUGUUACUGGUGGUAUCAAAUGACUACGGAGAGGCCAGGGCUAUGAUGACUCUUCAGCUCGUAACUGUGAAAAAAGAGGAAUCAGUCGACUUCAGAAAACAACUGAAGACAGUCAAACAGGAAAAGAGAAAACAGAGCAUCCAGGAGGAACAAAUAGUAAAAGAGGAGGUCAGAGAAGAAGAGUCAAAGAAGCCUGAAGAGAAGGCAGAACCUGCUGCAUUUGUGAAAGUUCCCAAGAACUAUGAAACUCCAGAAGGAGAAAGAGCCGAGUUUGACUGCAAAGUUGUCGGUGAGCCACGUCCCUAUGUACGGUGGUUCAAAGACGACGUAGAGCUGGAGGAAGACCGUUACACCGUGGACUACAACCCGUCCGGAGUCUGUGUGUUGUACAUCCGUGACACCGUUCCUUCUGACCAGGGCUGGUACACAUGCACGGUCAGCAACAUCCAUGGGGAACAGUCCAUGCGGGCUAAGCUAAGCCUUAUUCUCAAACCUGUCGAAGUUAAACCACAAACUGGACAGCUCGAACCCAUUCCCUCAGAGGAUACAGUCACAGAGGUAGUAGAAGGACUGUGUGAGGCAGAAAUACUUGAAGAGAUACCUGAAGAGUUGGUUAUCGAAGAACCAGAAGAGUUCGAAUCUGCCGAGCGUGUUAAACUGAAGGCAGCUGCUCUGAAGUCAGCAGAAUGGGCUGAUGUGACAACAGAGAAGAUGGAGGGUCUUCCAGAAGAGCAGGUAGAUUUUGACGAAGUCUCAUCCCAAGGGCCUGAACCUGAAGACGUCUCUCCCUUCUUUAUCGAGAAGCCCAAAGCGACGUCCGUGGAAGAAGGCCAAGAUGUAGAGUUUGUCUGUAAGGUUAUGGCUUCUCCUGCACCCCAAGUCACCUGGUACCAAGGUAACCGUGUUCUCAAAACAGGCGGCCGACUAAAGAUUACUACAGAAACUAGUGGGCAGUUGUACACAACAUGUCUUAUGAUUAAAAAGAUAGCUCCAAAAGAUUCAGGCAACCUAAUGUUGGUAGUAUCAAAUGAUUACGGAGAGGCAAGAGCUAUGCUGUCUCUCGAGGUUACCACCGUGCAGGAAGAAAAAGUGGACUUCAGAAAACAACUCAAGGCAAAAGCGGAAAGUAGACGGCAAAGUAUCCAGAGUAUCCAGAGUGAAAAGGAAGAAGUCACAGAAGAGAAAAUAGAAGUCCAGCCAUUAUAUGAGAAGGCCGAGCCUGCAGCAUUCGUCAAGGUUCCCAAGAACUGCGAAGCACCGGAAGGCGAAACUGCUGAGUUUGACUGCAAAGUUGUUGGCGAACCACGCCCUUCCCUGAAGUGGUCCAAAGAUGACCAAGACCUGGAAGGAGACCGUUACACCGUGGAUUACAACCAAUCCGGAGUCUGUGUGUUGCACAUCAAUGACACCGUUCCUUCGGACCAAGGCUGGUACACAUGCACUGUAACCAAUGCUCACGGAGAACAGUCCAUGAGGGCCAAGCUCACACUGCACUUGAAACCCGACGAGCCAAAAACAAUGCAAAAAGACGGGUUCUUUUCCCCAGACCAAGAAAUUGAACUUAUCGAGGGAAUUUCUGAGUCAGAAAUACUUGAGGAAGUACCUGAGGAAUUGAUUGUUGAAGAACCGGAAGAGUUUGAAUCUGCCGAGCGAGUUAAGCUUAAAACAGCUGCUCUGAAGUCAGCAGAAUGGGCCGAUGUGACAACUGAAACGAUGGAGGCUCUGCCAGAGGAGAAGGUAGAUUUCGACGAGGUGUCCUCACAAGGAGCUGAACCUGAAGAUGUCGCACCGUUCUUUAUUGAAAAGCCCAAAGCCAUGUCUGUAGAGGAAGGGCAAGAUGUAGAGUUUGUCUGCAAGGUUAUGGCUUCUCCCACACCCGAGAUUAAAUGGUACCAAGGCAACCGGGUUCUCAAAACUGGCGGCCGACUGAAAAUCUCCACAGAGACAAGCGGGCAACUGUACACCACAUAUCUAAUGAUUAAGAAGGUAGCGCCCAAGGAUACAGGAAAUCUAUUGCUUUCUGUGUCCAAUGAGUUCGGAGAGGCCAGAGCGAUGAUGUCUCUCGAGUUUAUAACGGUGGAAAAGGAAAAAGUAGACUUCAAGAAAAAGUUGAAAACCGUGAAGCAGGAAAAGCCUAAAGAGCCGGAACCCGUUGAAAAGACAGAGCCUGCCGCGUUUAUCAAAGUCCCCAAGAACUGCAGCACUCUCGAAGGGGAAACAGCCGAGUUCGACUGCAAGGUUGUCGGUGAACCUCGUCCCAUUUUGAAGUGGUACCGAGAAGACCAAGAACUGGAAGGAGAGCGUUACACUGUAGACUACAACUCAUCAGGUGUCUGUGUGCUGUCUAUACGCGACACCGUUCCUUCUGAUGCAGGUUGGUACACAUGCACGGUCAGUAACCCUCACGGAGAACAGUCCAUGCGGGCUAAACUCGCCGUGGAACCGAUACUUAAAGAACCAGAACCAGAACCUGAAGAGGAGGAAGAACUCGUCACUAUUACUGAACGCAGGGAAAUUACAUUCACCACUCUAAUGCUUGACUUCAUCACUAUCCUCAAGAUGACACGUAUAUACAUCAGCCGAAUCUCCAGGCGGCUUGCGGUGUAUGUUGAAGAGUUGGAGCCAAGAGAGAAACAACUGGAGGUCGAGCUGACGUCUGACUUGGUAAUGUCCAUCCUGAGAGAAUUCGAUGUGGAAUUCAUGCUUGCCUCGUUGAUCAAACAAGUCACGGAACAAGUUUUGUUCAUCGACGGAGGUUUACCGGAAAUCACCAUCCUCCUCCAGCCUGUGGGGGACCAGACCGAGCUGCAGCUCAACUUUGAAGGCGAAAUGCUCGAACAAUAUCGAUUUCUACAAACGAUACACUUGCAGCUCCAACUCCCGUCCACGGAGGAAGUUACAGAAGUUGUGGAGGAGCCAGUGGAGGCUGCUGUCUUGGAGGAGAUGCCGGAGGAGUUGGCUGUAGAAGAACUGGAACCCUUUGAAGAACCGGAGCUCUUUGAACAAGAAUCAGCGGAAGUUGAGCCAACAGAGUUUGCCGAUGUGACCAGCGAGACUGUUGAGUCUAUUCCAGAGGAGCCUGUGGACCUGGAAGAAGUGUCCUCUGAAGGCGAACCCGAGCCUGAAGACGUCGCUCCCUUCUUCUUUGAGAAGCCCAAAGCGAUGUCUAUAGAAGAAGGGCAAGAUGCAGAGUUUACUUGCAAGGUUAUGGCAUCUCCCACACCACAGAUUACAUGGUACCAAGGAAACCGCGUGCUCAAAUCUAGCGGCAGGAUCAAGAUCACUACAGAAUCUAGCGGACAGUUGUAUACCACCUCGCUUGUGAUUAAGAAGGUAGCACCGAAGGAUUCUGGAAAUUUCCUAGUGGUAACAUCAAAUGAGCUGGGAGAGGCCAGAGCCAUGAUUUCGCUUGAGCUCGUAACCGUGCAGGAAGAAAAAGUGGACUUCAGAAAACAACUAAAGGCAAAAGCGGAAAGUAGAAGGCAAAGUAUCCAGAGUAUCCAGAGUGAAAAAGACGAAGCCACAGAAGAGAGACUAGAAGCGAUCCUGGGCGAGAAAGCCGAGCCUGCUUCAUUUGUUAAGGUUCCUAAGAACUGCGAAGCACCGGAAGGAGAAACAGCUGAGUUUGACUGCAAAGUUGUCGGCGAACCACGUCCAUCUUUGAAGUGGUUUAAGGACGACAUAGAACUUGAAGGCGACCGUUACACCGUGGACUACAACCAGUCCGGAGUUUGUGUGUUGUCUAUUCAUGACACCGUCCCUUCUGACCAAGGCUGGUACACAUGCACAGUCAGCAACAUCCACGGAGAACAGUCCAUGCGGGCCAAACUCAUCCUCCAUCUAAAACCAGUUGAACCCCAGAUCGUCGAACCGGAACUGUAUUACUCUCCAGACGAAGAAAUCGAACUGGUCGAAGGGAUUCCAGAGACAGAGAUACUAGAGGAAAUACCGGAGGAGUUAAUUGUCGAAGAACCAGAGGAGUAUGUGGGCGCAGAGCUUGUCAAACAAAAGUCUUCCUCACUUAAACCAAUGGAAGAAACUGAGGUGUCCACUGAGACAGUGGAAUCUCUUCCCGAAGAACCGGUAGAUCUUGAGGAAGUUGUUUCAGAAGGGGAGCCUGAGCCACAAGACGUUGCUCCAUUCUUCGUUGAAAAGCCCAAAGCAAUGUCCGUAGAGGAGGGACAAGAUGUAGAGUUUGUCUGUAAGGUUAUGGCUUCUCCUGCACCCCAAAUUACUUGGUACCAGGGUAACAGGGUUCUUAAAUCUACUGGCCGACUAAAGAUUUCAACAGAAACUAGUGGUCAGCUAUAUACCACGUCCCUUAUCAUUAAGAAGGUAGCGCCAAAGGAUGCAGGUAACCUCAUGCUUACUGCCUCAAAUGAUUAUGGAGAGGCCAGAGCCAUGAUGUCUCUUGAUUUCCUAAGUGUUAAAAAGGAAGAGAAAGUAGAAUUCAAGAAACAGUUAAAAACUGUCAAGCAAGAAAAACCAAAAGAGGUGGAACCUGUUAAAGUUAAAAAGACAGAGCCUGCCGCGUUUAUAAAAGUCCCCAAGAACUGCAGCACUCUCGAAAGUGAGACCGCUGAAUUUGACUGCAAGGUUGUCGGUGAACCACGACCUUCGCUGAAAUGGUCAAAAGAUGACAUAGAAUUGGAAGGCGACCGUUACACCGUAGAUUACAACGGGUCCGGAGUUUGUGUAUUGUCUAUUCAUGACACCGUCCCUUCUGACCAAGGCUGGUACACUUGUACGGUCAGUAACCCUCACGGGGAACAGUCCAUGCGGGCUAAACUUGCUGUAGAACCCAAACCUGAACCUGAGCCAGAACCAGCCCUUGAGGAAGACUCUUUGACUAUAGUUGAACGUAGGGAAAUCACUUUUGCCACCUUAUUGCUAGAGUACAUCACUAUCCUAAAGCAAACGCGUAUUUUCAUCAGUAAAGUCUCCAGACGGCUUGUCGUAUACGUUGAGGAGUUAGAACCAAUGGAAAAACAACUGGAAGUCGACUUGACUUCAGACUUAGUACUUUCCAUCCUAAGGGAAUUUGACAUACAGACAAUGUUAGCUUCCUUGAUCACACAGGUGGCUGAACAGGUUCUGUUCAUUGACGGAGGUUUACCGGAAAUCACGAUCCUCCUCCAGCCUGUAGGAGACCAGACGGAGCUACAGCUUACAUUUGAUGGUGAAGUACCUGAAGGCUCCCGAUUUCUUGAGACGAUACACUUAGAACUGACUCUUCCUUCCAAGGAGGAGGUGGAAGAAGUUGUGGAGGAACCUCAGGAGGCAGUUACUCUUGAAGAAAUCCCAGAGGACUUAGAGGUAUUAGCGGAACCCCUUGAACCUUCAGAGCCUGUGGAGCUAGAAUCACUUACAGUAGAGCCUGAAGAAUUAGCUGAAGUGUCGACUGAAACACGGGAGUCCCUUCCUGAGGAAACAGUAGACUUUGAGGAACUGUUCUCAGAAGGUGAACCUGAGCCAGAAGACAUCGGUCCCUUCUUUGUAGAAAAACCCAAGGCGAUGUCUGUAGAGGAGGGGCAAGACGUAGAGUUUACUUGUAAGGUUAUGGCAUCUCCCACCCCACAGAUUACCUGGUACCAAGGAAAUCGUGCUCUGAAAUCUGGCGGUCGCUUGAAGGUAACUACAGAGGAAAGUGGGCAGGUGUACGUCACGUCACUGAAGAUCAAGAAAGUGGCAACAAAAGAUUCAGGAAAGAUCUUACUGGUCGCUUCAAAUGAUUUUGGCGAAGCAAGAGCCAUGAUCUCCCUUCAACUUGUCACCGUGCAGAAGGAAGAAAAGGUAGACUUCAGAAAACAACUGAAGACAGUCAAAGAGGAAAAGACAGAGGAAGUAGAAGAAAAAGCAGAGGCUGCUUCGUUUGUGAAAGUUCCCAAAAACUUCGACACGUUGGAGGGAGAAACUGCUGAGUUCGACUGUAAGGUAGUCGGCGAGCCACGUCCAACCCUGAAGUGGUUCAGAGACAACCAGGAAUUGGAAGGAGACCGUUACACUGUGGAUUACAACUCGUCCGGUGUUUGUGUGUUGUCUAUUCGUGAUACCGUCACUUCUGACUCAGGUUGGUACACGUGCACAGUCAGCAAUGCUCACGGAGAACAGUCCAUGCGAGCUAAACUAACGGUUGAACUGCAGCCGGAAGAACCAGAGAUAGUCCAGCUCGAGUCGCAUCUACCCGCACAGGAGGACGUUGAAACUCUAGAACCGAUUUUAGAGUCAGACAUUCUUGCAGAAAUACCAGAGGACCAAAUUGUCCCGGAACCAGAGUCGCUUGAACCAGCAGAACUUGUCGAGCCAGAAUUAGUCGAAGUUGAGCCAAUGACAGAAACUGAGGUGGAAGGUGAACCAUUAGAGUCCAUCCCUGAAGAACCGGUAGAUCUUGAGGAUGUGUCUUCAGAAGGAGAGCCACAACCCGAAGACAUUGGCCCCUUCUUUGUGGAAAAACCGAAGGCGAUGUCUGUAGAGGAGGGACAAGACGUAGAGUUUGUCUGUAAGGUGAUGGCAUCUCCCACACCACAGAUUACCUGGUACCAAGGCAACCGCGUUCUCAAAUCUGGUGGCAGACUAAAAAUCACAACAGAAACAAGUGGGCAGUUGUACACCACAUCUCUUGUAAUCAAGAAGGUAGCAUCUAAAGAUUCUGGCAACUUUCUUGUGACUAUCUCUAAUGAGUGCGGGGAAGCGAGAGCCAUGAUGACUCUCCAACUCGUCACUCGCGAAAAGGAAGAGAAACCCACGUUCCUCAAGCAGUUGAAAACUCUCAAACAAGAAAAGGUCGAAGUUGUAGAAGAAGUUGUAGAAAAGAAAGAACCAGCGGCUUUUGUCAAGGUUCCUAAGAACUGGACUGGCACAGAAGGCGAGAACGCUAAGUUCUACUGCAAAGUCGUUGGCGAACCGCGACCCACACUUACAUGGUCCAGAGACGACCAGGUUCUUGAUGGUUAUCGAUACGUUGUAGACUACAAUGGUUCAGGAGAAUGCCAGUUGUCCGUUAACGAAGUUGUUCUCUCCGAUGCGGGUUGGUAUUCCUGUACCGCUUCUAACGAUUUUGGCCAACAGACGAUGCGAGCCAAACUCAUCGUUGAGCCGAAGGUUGUGAAAGAAAUACCCGAAGAGCAAACAGAAGUGCAGGAAAGCGAAGCUGCACACUACGUCGUAGAGAAACAAAUGAAUCUACAGUUUGGGCCGAUAAUGCUCGAUUUUGCCAGGUAUGAAACAAACUGCAAAAUUCACAUCAACAGAGCCGAACGAUCGGUCACUCUGUAUGUCGAGCAGCUAGAGGCACGUGAGAGAAAGAUGGACGUCACGCUGUCCUCUGAGGUUGUUUUCUCUAUCUUAAAGGAGCUCGAACUUACAGAAACUCUGGCCUCAGCUGUUUCACAGAUAACAGAACAAGUACUCUUCGUUGACGGAGGGUUACCGGAAAUUGAGAUUUCGCUCGAGCCCCAGAAGCCUCAGGGGGUGCUACUCUUUGCUACAUAUGAAGGCUAUGUGUCCAAAGAAACUGCCACAUUUUUCGGCACUCAACGAACGCUUGAGAUCAAACAGAGCCUCGUGACAGAAGAAGUUGCGCCAGAACAGCUACAGGCAUUGCUUAUUGAGGAAGUCGACUCUGGAAGCCGCGUAGGGGUUGAACCUACUCCUGAAAUAGCCGAGGCUCCCGAACCCAUUCCCGAAGAAGAGCCCGAAAUUGUGGAGGAACCUCCUGUAUUGGUUGAACCUGAAAUCAUCACCGUUGAACCAAUGACAGUACCGGAAGUAACGGUUGAACCAAUGGAACCGCUUCCACUCGAACCUGUGACGUUUGAGGAAGUGAAGUCAGAGCCCGAACCAGAGCCUGAACCUGUUCCGCCAAACAUUAUAGAGAGACCCAAAUCUCUGACAAUCACCGAGGGCGAAGAUGUAACAUUCCCGUUCAAGAUAUUUUCCUCCCCUACUCCUGAGAUCACUUGGUAUCAAGGAAACCGUGUUAUAAAGUCUGGAGGUCGGUACAGUUUUGAGACGCACUCGAGUGGGCAUAUCCACUCAGUUGUCUUAAAGCUGAAAAAGACAGGACCUAAGGACUCAGGAAAAUACAUGCUGGACAUUGUGAAUGUGUAUGGACAAGCAAAGGCUAUGGUGACUCUUCAACUACAGAAAACCAAGAAAGAAGAGAAACUCGACUUCAAAUCUCAGCUUAAGUCCGUUAAGGUGGAGAAGAAGGAAGAGGUAGAAAUCUCAAAGGAAGAACCAGCCAGCUUCAUCCGAGUCCCGAAGAGCUGUUCCGUCCUGGAGGGUGAACCGGCAGCCUUUGACUGUAAAGUGGUCGGAGAGCCCGCGCCCGAAGUAGCCUGGUACUUUAACGACGUAGACCUCUCUAGCAGCGAGCGUUGCAGAGUUGAGAUGUCUGAAUCCGGGGUGUGCACCCUGGAAGUGCAGGAAAGUCGCGUAACCGACGCCGGCUGGUACUCCUGCACCGUACGGAACUCUCUGGGGGAACAGACCAUGCACGCUAAACUGGCGGUGGAGCCGAAAGUGGAGGAGCCGACCGAACCGCCUACUCUGUCCGCGCGCGCGUUCCUGCAGAAGUUCGUGCAGUACGAGAUGCUGUACCACAGGUUCCAGGUGACAGGACACCUGCCGCAGGUGAAGCAGAGGGACGAGCAGCCAACAGGUAGUUUUUACGUCAUCAUGACGUCAUCACGACAGCCAUCACGACGUCAUCUUCACCCAUCCCAGAAGAAAGACGUCACCUCCAUCAGGACGCAUUUUUGCACUUCAUCGCAUUGCCUUCCAGCGCGAAAAAAAAUUGUAGUUUUUUGUCAGUUAUGACGCCAUCAUGACGUCACCGAGCGACGUCAUCUCCACCCAUUCCAGAAGAAUGACGUCACCUCCAUCAGGACGCUUUUUUGCACUCCAUCGCAUUGACUUAAAGUGCGACAAACGCAUGAAAUUUAAAGUUUUCUUUCCACAGACAUUCCCCAAUAGCUCAGCCGGAACGCAAAUAUAACAUACUGCAAACCUCA